GCGCAGGCUUUUCCCGUACAGGAAACGGAAGGAGGUGGGACUGUUAGGCACAUGCGCAGAACAGAUAUUAUAGUGACAGCUUCAGUACUAGCGGAGGUCGAGUAGGUUCUGUUGUAAAGACUACAAACCCAACAUGUCUGUACUUUAUCCUACUCUUCUGCUAUGUGUCUACGGUUUUUUCUCCAACAUGCGACCGGCGGAACCUUUCCUGACCGCCUUCUUGAUGGGGCCCGACAAAAACUUGACGGAAAUCCAGGUGGUGAGUGAAAUCUACCCAAUAUGGACAUACUCCUACCUCAUGCUGCUCUUUCCAGUUUUCCUGGCCACUGACUACCUCUGCUAUAAGCCUGUGUUGGUCGUGCAGGCCACCAGUUUAGUAGUUACCUACAUCAUGCUGCUGAAGGCACAAGGCCUGUUGGCCAUGCAGUUUCUGGAGUUUUUCUUCGGCCUGGCCACAGCCUCAGAGGUGGCGUAUUACUCGUACAUCUACAGCGUGGUAGAGCCAGAGCACUACCAGAGAGUGACGAGCUACUGUCGCAGCAUCGCUCUGUUUGGAUCUGCUGCUGGAUCUUUGAUGGGACAGCUUCUUCUCUCUGUGGCCAAAGCUGAACUGCUUUAUCUCGUCAUAGUCACUCUGACGUCAGCUGCUGCAGCCUUUGUGGCUCCGUGGUUUCUGCCAAUGCCUAAAAGAAGCUUGUUCUUCCACCAAAGCCCUGGAGCAGCCAAAGAGGAGACGGGAGAUGAAGAGAGUAAAGUGCCGUUAAAAAUUCACAAUGUGAAAACAGUAUCAACACCUUCAGAGGCAGAAACCUCAAGUGGCCUUGUGAAGGUAUUGCAAAUGCUGUUUGAAGACUUUGUCCAGUGCUACAGGUGCCGCCCGCUAUUGGCCUGGUCACUGUGGUGGGCUCUGGCUACAUGUGGAUACUUUCAAGUCAUCAAUUAUACUCAAGCACUGUGGGAAAACAUCAGACCAUCCAAGGAUCACGAAAUCUUUAACGGUUAUGUGGAGGCACUGUCCACACUGCUGGGGGCUCUGGCAGCUCUGCUGGUGGGCUACCUCCCUGUAUGUUGGGCUGUGUGGGGAGAGCUGGCUCUGUGUGUCCUCUCCUUGCUCAUGGCUACGUGUGUGUUUAUCAUGGACACACUGAGUAACAUCUGGCUGUGUUACAGCUCGUACGUCAUCUUCAGAGCCAUCUACAUGCUGCUUAUCACAGUUGCCACGUUCCAGAUUGCAGCCAAUCUCAACAUGCAGCGAUAUGCUCUGGUGUUUGGAGUGAACACCUUCAUGGCUCUAGUACUGCAGACUCUUCUCACAGUGGUGGUAGUGGACUCAGCAGGCCUUGGACUUGAUGUCUUCACUCAGUUUCUCAUCUACGGUGGCUACUUUGUGGUUAUUUCCUCAAUCUUCCUCCUCGCUGGACUAUUGAGAUUGGCCUCCAGUAGACGCUCCAAAACAGAAGUAGAAUGGUCAGAACCCAACUCUCCUUCUGUUAGCGACUCAACUCCCUGCAGGUAAAGAUGGGGGCACACAGAAGACGAAGAGAAGACUGUGAAGAUGGCAACAGUGACUAUUUGUCUGAUUCUAAUACUGUAGUUAAGCAAUAAUCGACCUCCAACUGACCAUCAGAACUUUCUGAAUUCAGAUAUUCAGUAGGAUAAGAGUUUUCAAAGCAAAGUAAAAUGAUAGCAUAGCACAUUUGCUGCUGAUUUGUCAAUGUCUUGUUUUACUACAUUCCAAAUGUUUGGACAACAGUUUGAUGUGGUUCAGUAGUCUGACACAUUUGUAGUUUUAAGAACAUCACUUCUUUUAUUGACACAAAAAAUGUCAAUAAAAGACAUUUUAGAUCUAUUCCAUGUGCAUGUAACCUAAUGCAUCUGGAUGCUGCCGUGUGAUUUGCAGGUUAGACAUUUGCAUUAACAAGUAGAACAGAUGUUUCUAAUGAAGUGGCUUUUGCAUUUUUUAACAUUUAGUUUGGUUUUGUUAAAUCUUACAAUGGUCUGAAAUGGAACUUUUAUGCGUAAGUAGAUUUCACAACUUGUAUUAAGCCAGUGUUGAACUCUGAACAUCUCAAGCCCUUCCUCUCUUUAAUGUCUGUAAGACAUCUACCUGAAGAUGCAUCAGCUCUGGUGUGACUGUACAGAUAGACGCUACUGCACUACUUCUUCUUGUUUGUUGUAUUUUCUGCACAUCUGUAAACACUUAGAUUAUGGACUGUUUACACAUUGUUACAUUUUUGUGUGUGUAGAUUUUCAAUGUGACAAAACUGACUAAGCUUGAAACUUUCCAUAAUUUAGUAGUGUGGACUUGUGAUUAAUGUAGUCUGUGUGUGUGUAGGAUGGUGGAUAAAGUAAAUAAGAUGGUUGCUUUAAAUAUUUUUACCUCCCAAAAAAUAGUGAAAUAAGGUUCACUUGUGUAAAAUUCAGCCAUUCAGGAACUCCUUUGGAAUGUACUGCAAAUGUAAGUCUGACUGCACUUACAAGCAGUUGUACAAAUGCUGCCAUUUGAUUAAUCGUUUAAGUAAAAUACCAUCAACAUACAGAUACCAUAUAAGGUCAAACAUAUGUUCUUGAGACAUAUAUACGCAAGUUCUUGUUUGAGUGAACUCAAAUUUCUGUUACUUUUAAGUGAUUUGGUAUCAAUUGUUUUUAUAACACUGCUGGUUUAGAUUAUCCUGACACUGGGAGACAUAGACUCCAUAUACUGUACUUUAUUGAAGGUUUGCUAAACACUUGUAGAUGUACAUUUAAAGUAGUCUACAGCAUAAUUAUCUUGUAGUAAUCAAUUGGUCGGUCAGUAAGAUAAUCGUUGAUACACUGUAGUUUGAUUCUGCAAACAGUUAAGAGUAACAAAGAAAAGUGAUAAACAUCAUAUAACUUACUGUAUAUUUAUGUAAAAACACAAACAAAUCCUUGCUGUAAAAAGACCAGUAGCAAUUCAAAUAUGUUUAAAGCACCUUUAGAAUGAAUGACUGUAUUUGAUUCUGCGUUACUGCAAAAAAGUAUUUAUUAUUUCCACCUCAUCCAAAAAAACCCCAAACUACUGUAUAAUUGUUAUUCUACCAAACCAAAGCCCAUAGAGAAAAUCAAGAGUUUUCUGUCAUCGUGUCAGAAAACCAAAUUAUCUGUUGCUGCCUCUUGUGGUAGGUUGGUGUUGUUGAGACAGGAGACUGCCACUGGAUUUA